UUCACAGUCGAUCUUCUUUUGUUCAUAUGGAAUAUGAUCCAUUGUUACCGUUUCCAAGUCCCAGAAAACGAAUGCCGCCUUCGAAACUCCAUUUCCCUUCUCUAGCCGAAUCAUUAUCGUCGUCGCUCAACACGCCGAGACAACGUUCAUCGUCGUCGGAAAACAUCCCGACCCUCCACGAAUCUUUUUUACUUCAAAACCAACCGGAUUCGCCGAUGGCACCGGACCCGAACAUCGCUUGGGAGAGAAUCAAUCUUCACAGGUGCAAAACAGCACCGGCAAUGGCUGUUCUAAUGGAUGCCAUCAACAACAACCCUUCGAUCCCGACGCCAAAGUUCGGCUCCGAAUCGAUUGUAAGACAAGCUUUUAUCCUUUUAGUAUUGUACUUGUCGUUGGGCGUCGUUAUAUAUUGGUUCAAUCGUCAUGAUUUCUUGGGUCCCAAGACACAUCCUGUUGUUGAUGCUUUGUAUUUUUGCAUCGUCACUAUGUGCACGAUUGGUUUUGGCGACAUUACCCCUAAUAGCACGGCUACGAAGCUGUUCUCGAUCUUGUUCGUGUUGGUCGGUUUCGGAUUCAUCGACAUUUUGCUUAGCGGAAUGGUUGGUUAUGUGCUUGAUUUGCAAGAGGAAUAUAUGUUGAAAGCUGUUCAGCAUGAUGGAAAUAGAAGGGAUUUACCAACGUCUUAUAUAAUUGAUGUUAAAAAGGGGAGAAUGAGGAUAAGGUUGAAGGUUGGAUUGGCAUUAGGUGUUGUUGUUCUUUGCAUUGGAAUUGGUCUUGGUGUUAUGCAUUUCGUUGAGAGGCUUGGCUGGUUGGAUUCAUUUUACCUUUCAGUUAUGUCGGUAACGACCGUAGGGUACGGUGAUAGGGCGUUCAAGACGUUGCCUGGUCGGAUUUUCGCUUCCAUUUGGUUGCUCGUUUCUACCGUGGCCGUUGCUCGAGCAUUUCUGUAUUUGGCCGAGGCUAGAGUUGCUAAGAGGCAAAGGAGGAUGGCUAAGUGGAUUCUCGGGCAGGACAUGACUAUAUCGCAGUUCCUUGCUGCUGAUACCGACAAUAACGGUUUUGUAAGCAAAUCCGAGUUCCUCAUAUACAAGCUCAAGGAAUUAGGGAAGGUAUCAGAUAAAGACAUUAUGCAGAUCUCCGAGAAAUUCGACAGGCUUGAUGCUGGCAAGUGCGGAAGGAUAAGCCUUGAAGAUCUUAAGAACAGUCAUCGUUAGUAUGCAAACUACCCUUGCUUAAAAAGAUCUUCGUUUACAAUACAAAUGAUGGUGCAAUAGGAAGAGUCAUGGAUGACAUUAAAUCAUUGAAGUGGAGCCGAUUCGUUCUUCAAAUU